AUGAGGUUUCUCAGCGUAUGGUCAAUUCUGGGCGUAGUUUCGCUGAUUUCGCCCGCCACAGCGCGAUCUCAAGCCUCAGAAGCGAUCCGCCAGGUCACGCCGAUCGAUAACGCCGUCAUCAACACCCCUGCACACCAAAUAGACCACCUUUCACACUUCGAUCUCACCCUCGAAUUACACCACGACGGAACCCGCAUAAAGCUAGAGCUAGAGCCAAAUCAUGAUAUUCUUGCCGACGAUGCGUUCGUUCAAUAUAUUGAUGCCGACGGAUCAUUGACAGACGGCGAGCCCAUCCAUCGACAUGAGCACAAGGUCUUCCGCGGUCGCGCGCUUGUAGGCUCAGGGAAAGGCCGAUGGACGCCUUCGGGCUGGGCUAGGGUCACGGUCCGGAGAGAUGGGCUGGACCCAUUAUUCGAGGGCGCGUUCAGCAUUGGACAAGAUAAACACCACAUCGAGCUCCAGUCGACCUAUUCCUCCAAGAAGCGGCCAAUCGAUGCGAACGUUGAACGGAGAGACCAAGAUUACAUGAUCGUAUACCGCGACUCCGACAUGAUUCGAUUGCAGCCGGAGCACCCAGACCUCAGGCGGUCUUUGUCCACAUCGUCUGGCUGUGGAGCUGAUAAAUUGCGCUACAACACUGACUUGGUUAAUUCCAUGUUUCCCUAUGGGACCGGAGAGGACGAGGCUAAAUGGGGAGUUACAUCGUUAAAUUCCUUGUUUGGUCUGAGCAAACGGCAGUCUGACGUGGGUGGAAUCUCAGGAAAUACGGGCGGCGUCAACCUGGCGUCAACCAUUGGAGACACAUCUGGCUGCCCGAGCACGAAAAAAGUGGCUUUAAUCGGAGUAGCUACAGACUGUAAGAUGACUGACUUCUUCUCUGAUAACACCACCGUCACUGCUAUGGCCGCUGCGAAAGACUAUGUGAUCAACAUUGUGAAUACUGCGUCCAGUCUCUACGAAGAGUCGUUCAACGUCUCCAUUGGUCUACGCAAUUUGACCAUCAACAAGGAGGCAUGUCCUACAUCAGAUAAUGCUGCCACCCCUUGGAAUGUUGAUUGUCCAAGCGGCAAUAUCACCUGGAGACUUAAUGAGUUUUCAAAAUGGCGAGCAGACAAUCAGGAUGACAACGCUUACUGGACUCUCAUGACUGGCUGUCCCACUGACUCCGAAGUUGGCGUCUCCUGGAUGGGUCAAUUAUGUACCUCCGACUUGACCAGUGAUGGAUCUAGCUCCGUCAGUGGAGCCAAUGUCGUGGUAGGCAACGCAGGCAGCACUUGGCAAAUCUUCUCUCACGAAAGUGGCCAUACAUUUGGAGCCGUCCAUGACUGUGACUCCGAUACAUGCGCUCAAGGCCUAGAGGAUUCGUCCCAAUGUUGUCCAUUGACAUCAUCAACCUGCAAUGCAGACGCAAAAUAUAUCAUGAAUCCCUACGCAUCGUCAAGCAUGACGACUUUCUCCGAGUGCACGAUCGGCAACAUCUGCUCAGCCAUUGGGCGCAACAGCAUCAAGUCAACCUGUCUGACCGAUAAUCGCGGCGUCGUAACAAUCACUGGCAGCCAAUGCGGAAACGGUAUUGUCGAAGCAGGCGAGGAAUGCGAUUGCGGCGGCACAGCAGCCUGCGGCGAUAAUGCCUGUUGCGACGCCACAACCUGCAAGUUCAAGUCCGGAGCCAUCUGCGAUGACUCGAACGACAGCUGCUGCUCCAGCUGCCAGUACUCUUCAGCAAGCACAGUCUGUCGAGCCAGCACAGGCGUCUGUGAUAUCGCCGAAACCUGCACUGGCAACUCCAGUGCGUGUCCAAGCGAUAAAUACAAGAAAGAUGGCUCCUCUUGCGGUUCAUCGGGCCAGGGCCUUGCUUGCGCUAGUGGCCAGUGCACAAGUCGCGACUACCAAUGCCGCUCGGUGAUAGGUACCGUUCUCAGCAGCAAUGAUUCCUGGGCCUGCACAAACACCAAUGCGCCAUCUUGCAUGAUCGUGUGCGGUGCCCCAUCAAUCGCUGCACAGUACGGCUCCUCAACCUGUAUCGAGAUGAACCAGAACUAUCUCGACGGCACACCCUGUGACUCCGGUGGCUAUUGCAGCAACGGUCAAUGCAAGGGUUCUUCCGUUGGAGGCUGGGUAAAAGAUCACAAGAACAUUGUUAUUGGCGUCUGCGUUGGCGUUGGCUGCUUGAUUCUUCUUGCCUUGCUCUACUGUGUCACCAGUUGGUGUCGUGGAGCCAGUGCCCGACGACGCAUGGCCAAGGGCCCUCCGCCGCAAUACUAUGGUCCGCCACCUGGAAUGCCUCCGCCGGGGAUGCGUGGCCCUCCCCCUUCAGAACAGUGGGGUGGGUAUCCUGGUGGUUACCAUCAAAAUGUCCCACCACCCCGCGCGCAAUAUGGAUAA